CCAAACCGAGUGGAGAUACAGCAGCGGCUCGAGACCAGGACUUUGGACAACAAGCAGACAACUUUCUGCAGAGCACAUGUGUAAAGCGAUGUUACAACGGACCGGCCCCCAGCUGCUGUUCCUAAUAGCCCUGUGCAGCGUGUUGUACUCCCGGACUCUGAGUCUGCCAUACACAUCCAUGAGGCCGACGAGACACGCGGACGGUCUGUUCACCAGCGGAUACAGCAAACUCCUCGGGCAGCUGUCAGCGCGGAGGUACCUGGAGUCUCUGAUCGGGAAGCGGGUCAGCGACGAGCUGAUGGAGGAGCCGGUGAAGCGUCACUCAGACGCCAUCUUCACAGACAACUACAGCCGCUUCCGCAAACAGAUGGCCGUUAAGAAGUACCUGAACUCGGUCUUAACAGGAAAGAGAAGCCUAGAAGAUCCUGGAACCAGUGACCCGGAGGAGUCCAGGGACGAACCCAACACCUUCCAGGAGAGCUACGAUGACAUCAACGUAGACGACCUCCUAAACAACUUCCACCUGCCACUCUGAGGAGCGGCUCGUGUUCCAGUGAAUACCUCAAGUCAUCCUCAUGAAACCGCCCAUUCCAAAAGAAACAGUAUUAAUCCAGAACGGACGUUCGACAGUCAAAUCAGCCAAUGAUGAUGAUGUGUUCUCCCAUGUGGUUAUGUAUCUCUUCAUCCACACAGUACAUGUUUACACUGUAUAUAUAUAUGUAUAUGUAUACAUACACACAAUGCUAUAUAGACUCUUUGGGUCCACGUGCAGUUUGAUCAACCAGUGUUUGAAAACCGCAGUAAAACAGUAAAACAGUAAAACAGAAGUAGCACAUUUACUUUCCUCUAAGAUCACUGUUGUUCCAUUAACUUUCAUUUAAACCGUUUCUCUCAUAAAGGAACACUGUCCUAUUAAAUCUGAGUGAAAUUUGUCCCGUUGACUCCCAUUCAAACAUUUGACCCAUUGAACGUCAAUGGAACAGCAUUUACUUUAUUGCAUUAUUUCACUGAAUCUAUUGUGACCAACAUUUGUGAAUGGAACACUGGUGUGAUUUCACUGUUGAUGGACACUGUUGGCUUUCAGUGGAAUAACUGCUUCAUACAGAUCCAGGAGGCCCAUUUACUUUAUAGAGAGCAAUAGCUGCAGCUUUUGUUUCACUAGCAUGCUAACUUUCUAUAGAUUCAUUGUUCUAUUACACGUUGGACAAUAAAUUGGGACAAUUUUCAUUAGAACGUUAAAUUCAAAUGAAUAUUUCCAACGGUUUACAAAUCAUGAUGGAAGUGCUGACUUGUUUCAGAGAACCCACACGUGGUCAUUUCAUGGUUAAAAAAGGAGACGCGGGAUCAAGAAGAAAAUGGACAGCGAUGCAUUUAAUCACUUUAUAUUCCGUAUGUAGAGCAAAGACAUUAUAACUGAGCAUAGACCAGCCUUUAGCGCAUAUAGUGAUG